AUGAUUGAGGUGAUUUUGAACGACCGUCUUGGUCGCAAGAUUCGGGUGAAGUGCAACAGCGACGACACUAUCUUGGACCUUAAGAAGCUGGUAGCUGCGCAAACAGGUACGCGUUACGACAAGAUUAGGAUCCAGAAGUGGUACACCAUCUACAAGGAUCACAUUACCCUCGAGGACUACGAGAUCAAGGACGGCAUGGGCCUCGAGCUCUUCUACAAUUGA